UGCGGAUGUUUACGCUCCGCGUGCGCGUCCAAAGAGAGCGAGAGAGAGACACUGAGGGAACAAAGGGAGAGCGGGUACGCGGACAUGUUUUAUAACACAGACGUUGGAUUUUUGAUCCGAAUGAAAGCGUAAAAGGAGCAUUUUGGCACAUGGAAGUGUACUACUAAGAAAAGUGCGAUUAUUGAGGAAUACGGAGAGAUAAGCGGCGGUUGACGAGGGGACGAGUGGUGUUUUCUCCGCGGGGCCCCUGAACGCAGCAUCGCGCUGCCGCGGGUUUCACGUGAACGCGCUCGGCUUGUAAACAAGAAGAAGAAGAAGAAGGAGAUAAAGAAGCAACGGUCAGCCAGCAGGUGAUCCCGGCGGUCUGGUGUCAUGACAACCGGGCUCGAUGUGUCGCCCUCACCCGGACGUGCCGUCGCCUAUGCCCCGCUUUGUGCCGAGUCGUCGUCGUCGUUAAUGGAGGGGAGACAUUAAGCUCCGCGCGAUAGCAGAGCCUUUGUUCGGCCGCUUAAUAGCGUUAGCGUUAGCCGCUAGCCCCCGGCUGUUAUCCCCCCCCCCCUUCCCCGGACGACGCUCGCUUGUUUUCGGGGGUCUUUCACCGACAAUGUCCUUCGCCAUGGAGGACAACCUGGAGUCCGGCUGGGUGUCCGUCCGGCCCAAAGUGUUCGACGACAAGGAGCGACACAAGUAUGUUUUCAUCGUGGCCUGGAACGACGUGGAGGGCAAGUUCGCCAUAACCUGCCACAACCGGACGGUGCAGAAGCGGACUACGUUCCUGGACCCGCUGCUCGACUGGAGCCCCGCGGCGGGAGUCCAGCCGAAGAAAGGGAAAAAGUCUACGGUGGCGGACAUGGAGUUGGUGGACGCCGCGGAGGACGACACCGAGCCAGGCGGCCGCCGGGACUUCAGCUGGGCCGGCCUCUUUUCCUCCCAGGACCUGCGCUCGGUCCACCUCCAGCUGUGCGAGGUCAACUCGGACCUGGAGCCCUGCCUGCCGCCCUUCCCGGAGGAGCCGUCCGGCGUCUGGUCCGUCCUCUUCGGCGCCAACGCGUCCCCGCCGCGGGAGACGGAGGCGCUCUGCCACCGGCUGCAGGUGUACCUGGGCCAGGCGCUCGACACCUGCGGCUGGAAGAUCUUCUCGCAGGUGCUCUUCUCUGACAGCGACGACACGGAGGAGUACUACGAGAGCCUCAGCGAGCUGCGGAGGAAAGGCUACGAGGACGCGCUGGAGAGAGCCAAGCGGCGCAUGCAGGAGGUGUUGGAGCGACACAAGGCCAUGGACAGCAUGGUGGAGCUGCUGCAGGUCUACCCCGAGGAGGACCAGGCCCACGGGGAUCUGCUGGAGGCCACCACCCAGCUCUACCACUACCUGCUGCAGCCCUUCAGGGACAUGAGGGAGCUGGCCAUGUUGCGCCGGCAGCAGAUUAAGAUCUCGCUGGAGACGGAGCGCCUGGGCCCUCGCCGCGUGGAGGGCCUGAGGAAGGAGGACGAGGAGUGGCAGAAGAAGGCGCACGCGGCCGUCCUCGCCAUCCAGGACCUGACCGUCAAGUUCUUCGAAAGCACCAACCGGGCACAGAAAGCGCUGUGCGAGCGGAUGCGCGCCGACCAGCGCAAGUUGGGCAAGUCUGCGUGGGCGGCGGCGGUGGAGCGCAUGGAGAGGCUGCAGUACGCCGUCUCCAAAGAGACCCUGCAGCUGAUGCGGGCCAAGGAGAUCUGCCUGGAGCAGAGGAAGCACAGCUUGAAGGAGCAGAUGCGGAGCCUGCAGGGCGGCGAGGACGCCAUGCUGCACCUGGACCAGCUGGAGGCGCUCUACUACCAGCUCCAGCUGCAGCUCUACCACAUCCAGGCCGAGGUCCUGCGCUGCGAGGAGCUGCUGAUCACGGCGCAGCUGCAGAGUCUGCGCAGACAAAUCACAGAGAGACAGGACGAGGUGGUCUACUACGACGCUUUCGAGAGCCCCGACGCCAUGAAGGGGGACAAGGACCCCGCCACCCCGCCGGCCUCGCUUAGAGACGAAGACCUGGGCGUCCUGCAGCAGAGAACUCGGCAGCUGGAGGCCCGCAGAGGACGCAUCACCGCCAAGAAAGUCUACCUCAAAAACAAGAAGGACAUUUGUAUCUCCAAUCACAAGCAGAAGGUCCUAGAACGUCAGGGAGUUCUGGGGGACAACACGUCUCUGCAGGUUGAGGAGACGGAGGAAGACGAAGACGAGCAGAACGCACGAGUCAGUCAGGAGAGACAAAGAACUCUGGACAGACUUCGCAGCCUCAAUCAGCGCUACCCGGGCCAGGUGAAGUCCAGCCGCCUGAGACAACUCCAGAGUCGUAGACGAGCGGGUCCGCCUCCCAGCACGCAGGCCGCCAGCGUCCAGACCGAGCGCGUCUCCGACCUGCCGGUCCUCUCUGCCCCUCCUCUAGAGGACGGCUCCGGCAGCGUCUCCCUGCCCGCCAUGGACCUGGACCACCUGCGCUCGUCUCCUCCUUUCCUGUCCUUGCCUCCUCCUCCUCCUCCUCCUCCCCCCCCGCCGCCGCCUCCCCCCUCCUUGGAGGACCAGCGCCUGGGCGAGGGGAUGGAGCAGGAGUCCGCGCCCAAGUGCGAGUCCGAGUUCCUGCUGGCUCCUUUCAGUCCUCGCUUCUUCGACAGCAGCCAGCUGCUGACGGCCAGGAAGAAACUGAGGAAGACGUCCGCCGAGGACGCCGCCCGCUGGAGACGAGCGAGCUCCCCCAUGGACGAGGUCCUGGCGUCGCUGAAGCGCGGCAGCUUCCACCUGAGGAAGGCGGAGCUGCGCGUGUUGGCGCCCGACCCGGACGACGACAGCGACAACAUCCUGGCCCAGAUCCGCCAGGGCGUGCGCCUCAAGCAGGUGCGCCUGCGCCCCGAGCAGCAGCGGCCGCCGCGCCACGCCCGCGGCUUCCCGCACUCGGCCGACGCCCUCACGCGCAGCAUCCACGAGGCCCUGCGGCGGAUCAAGGAGGCGUCGCCCGACUCCGAGUCCGAGGACGAAGGUCUGCCCUGCACCGACUGGGAGAACUAACUAACUAACUAACUAACCAACCCACGUGGUGGACCUGGCCGCUCUUCUGCUGUUUACCACCCGCGUUUCCAUGGAAACACAAAUCAACUUUUCUACCACGUCGGCGUCUUUUAUGAACUUUUUAUUUUUUAUUAUGUCCGAAUGUGGGAAAUCACCAAAAGUUUACCAGAAACUUCCAAUAGAGAUUGGCUCACUUUACCAACACUGCCCCCUGCUGGUGACAGCGCAUUAUUUCCUGCCUUCUCUUCUAUUAUUUGUAUUAUUAUUAUUAUUAUUAUUACUACGUGUGUUGUGUGCUUUUUAUUAUUAUUUAAACGUGGUGUAUGAAACCUUCCCGGAGCUAAACGGCGCUAACAACAAAAGACGUACGUGAUUUCUAACUUUCAUUUUUGUCUUGCUUUUGCGCUCGUUUUUUUCCCGUUCCAGUUUUGAGUCGUCUUGUCGUUCCGUUGUUUGGGUUUGUUUUGAAGAAAAAGGAGCAGAACGAGCCGAGUGGGACCAGUCGGACCUCACAGCAGACGUGCAAUAAUAUGAAUUCACUUUACUGAAUCACGACUAAAACAAAUUAUAUAUAUAUAAAUAUAUAUAUAUAUAUAUAUCUGCAUGCUUAAAUGUAUUUAUUGAGGCUUCAUAUUUUAAAGAUGUGUUGGUUUUUUUAAGAACAAUCGCUGUUUUUGUAUGGAGGCUUGGUUUUUGUCUGCCAAAAUUCAAUAAAAAAAUACAACAUUA